CCCUGCCAGCUUUGAUCUUUUUAACAUUUGUUUACAGUGCAUUAGUCUGAAAGCAAAAGCCGUUUGAUUUUGACAUGCGUUGGUAUAUCGUAUAUGUACUGUAAUUUGAAACUUUUCCACGCCAUUAAACCGGAUUAUUCCAAGUUUAUAAACCCACCAUCACGCCUCAGAGUUUCCAAAUAAAACGUCCGCAGCUGUGCGCCCUCAGUGCGUCACUGCUCAGUGCUCGGUGGACCGGCACACAGAGAGGAGAGAUGUCCGGGAUCUGGCUGCUGCUGCUGCUGGUCUCUCUGUCCCUGAGCCUGUGGGUCCGGAGCGGGGCUGAGAUCCUGCCGGGAGCCCUGCAGCGUGGCCCGGCCAGCCUGAACGACAUGUUCCGGGAGGUGGAGGAGCUGAUGGAGGACACGCAGCACAUCCUGGAGGAGGCUGUGGAUCAGAUAACUACUGAGAGUGCUAAAUCAUCUUCAACCUUCCUGGAUCUGCAUACUAACCCCCACGAUGAGACGAGGAAGAUGACAAAGGAUGAAGACCGACUGCUUCAGGUCCUGGAUAGAGCUGACAACGAGACUCAUAAUGAAACAGGAGACAUUCAUCUUUCACAAAUCCACAUGGAGAUGUCUGGCCCUUGGAACUCGGGGGAUCACGAGUGCAUGGUGGAUGAGGACUGUGGGGCCCUGAGAUACUGCCUGUAUGGGAUCCAGAGCUCCAAGUGCCUCCCCUGCAUCCCCACAGAUAUGCCCUGCACUAAGGAUGAGGAGUGUUGCUCAGAUCAGAUGUGUGUGUGGGGCCAGUGUACAGUGAACGCCACCUCCGGAGCAGAGGGGACCAUCUGUCAGGGUCAGAGCGACUGCAGCCCCCCCCUCUGCUGCGCCUUCCAGAGAGAGCUGCUGUUUCCAGUGUGUAAUCCCAGACCAGAGAGGGGGGAGUCCUGUGUGAGCCGCCCCAACCUGCUGAUGGACAUGCUGGCCUGGGACCAGGAGGGGCCCCGGGACCACUGCCCCUGUGCCGACAGCCUCCAAUGCCAACCCCAGGGACGUGGAUCUGUUUGUGGAGAGUAGUACUGGAGAUGGAGAGAACAUGAAGAAGAUACAUAUUAAAGAAAGGCACUCACCAAAGAAAGGCACACCUGCUGAUCAACAGUUUGGAAAAUAAGAUGUUGCUUCAAAACAGGACUUGCACUGUAAUAUGUAUGACUUGCAAUCAAUUUGUAUUUCAUUCAGCCAAUAAAACACUUGUUUGUA